AUGCAAAAAUUCGUCAAACUUUUAAUCGCCCUACUAUUAUUCUCGCUGAUUUUCAUUUUUCAAAUUUCGAAUUCGCACCAAAAACAUGCCACGUGUCAACAAGAGGAGGUGGCGCGAAAUUUGAAUUCAAAAAAUAUUUGUAGCGGCGAGAAUAUGAGCCAGUGUAUUCCGGCUUUUGUGAAAUUUAGACAGCAAUAUAGGGUGAGUUGGUUUUGGCGGCAAAUUUGAAUUUUUGAAUUUUUUUACAGACCUCCACGAAGCACGGUCUUCUGGCAUGCGCCAUCGAAAAAAACUUCUCCACAUUUCUCACCGCAAUUAUGUGCUACCUCACAGAUUCCGCGCGGUUUUUGGCGGCAAAUCGAACGCUCGAUCGAGAUAUUUAUGAUUCUAGGUAUGUCCCUUUAGAUUACUGUAGCUCCACGUAACUAAGCAUAGAAGAGUACUGUACUUUUUCGCGGUCUCAAAAAAUAGCAAAUUUUUCAAACAGACUGUGCAAAAACAUCAACGAGUUCACGGAACUUCGAAAAAUUCGUGGCAAUUCGAAAAUGCACCUUUUCACAGUGGUUCGUGAUCCGGUGGAGCGAUUCGUUUCGGGUUUUGUGGACAAGUGUUUGCGAGAGAAGACGUGGCAGAAACAUCAUCAUAGAUGUGGAGGGUGUCAGACGGUUAGAUAGGAUUUUUUUAACGCAUUUUGAUAGUAAAUAAGGCUAGGGGUACUGUAGAUGGUUACUGUAGCUUUGAACUAACAUAAGAAAGAAGUACAGUACUUUAAAGGGACAUACACUCGCUUCGCUCGAGCCUCUUUCGCGGAAUUUUGAUCUACACUCGAUCACUUAAAGGGGCAUACAGUAUCCCGAGCGCCUUUAGCGCGAGUGUAGAUCAAAAUUCCGCGGAAGCGGCUCGAGUGUAUGUCCCUUUAAAGUACUGUAGUUUGUAGUAGUACUGUAUAUUAAAGGGAGAUACACUCGCUUCGCUCGAGCCGCUUUCGCGGAAUUUUGAUCUACACUCGCGCCAAAGGCGCUCGGGGUACUGUAGAUCACUUCAAAGGAGCAUACAGUACCCCGAGCGCCUUUCGAGCGAAGCGAGUGUAUGUCCCUUUAAAAUACCGUAUAGUUUCCUAUGUCGGAAUAUAGUACCUCUUCAGAUUACUGUAGCUUCUAGGUACUGUACUUCACUUGUUUAAAUUAACAAAGAUUUUCACAAGCCACGCCCCUUUAUGCAAUUUUGCGGCAUAGUUUUUGACCGGAUAUAUUCGGUGUAUAUCAGAAUUUCAAAGGAGCAUACAGUACCCCGAGCGCCUUUAGCGCGAGUGUAUGUCCCUUUAAAGUACUGUAGCUCAAAACCUAGUCAUAUUUGGUAUCAAAAUGCAUCAAAUUUCACAAGCCGAGCCCUGAUUCUAGCUCAAAAAAUCUCCAGAAUCUCACAUGCUUCAUCCAUGUCAUGUAUUCUCGAAUGUCGAAUUUCGCGCAUCGCCAAACCCGCAAUGUGUAUUUCGACGAUUCGCAUUUUUUUCCACAAUCUUGGCGUUGCGAAUUCUCGCAAAAUAUUGCACGGUAUACCAUUUUGCGAUUGGAUUCUCGGCGAUUUUUUGAUGAUAUUUUGGAUUUUUUGGCGGCGAAUGGUGUUGAUGACAAAUCGAUGGAAUAUAUUAGUGAGUUUUAGUUUUUGAAGUUACUACGGUAUUUUAAAGGUGCAUACAUCUUUAGCCCUUUAAAGUGCACCUACAGUAUCCUGUGCCGCAAAUUUGCAGAAAAUGGGAGGAUGCCCCUUUAAAAUACCGUAGUUUCAAAGCUACAGUAAUCUAAAGGAGCACACUCACAAACGUGAAUGUGACAAACGCGCUCCACUGAUAAAUUCAUAUUUUCAGCCAACUUUUUGCGUUCCAGACACGUCACUUCAACAAAAAACCGCUCACAGUACACGGGAUUCUGUGGAACGCGAUGAAAUUGUCCAAAUUUUGCGCAACAAUUCGCGUUUGAUGACGAAAUUGGUGCAAAUGUAUUAUUUCGAUUUUUUGCUCUUCGGUUAUGAAUUGCCUCAAAUUCCAGCAGCUAGAUAA